AUGGACCCCGGUGGAACUGACUGGAGCGAGUGGGCAUGGGAUUACUCACAGAAUUGCUGGUACAGGGCCAGAAAGGAUGCCCAGGCCCAGACGGCGCCGCGAGGGAACGUCGAUGAUCUUGCAAACUCGCUCAGUAAUGUCAACCUCGGCAUCCAUCAAGGCACGCAUUACACACAGGAUGGGGCCUACACCUAUGGCGCCCCGGUUCCCGUCGAAGGCGCUGCCGCCGCUGGCAUGUACGGCACCUCAUCCGCACAAGCAGCCCAUUCUGCGUUCUCCGCCAAGGGCCAGGGGAGGAGCGCCGACUCGCACUCCAAGCACAGAUCGAGGGAUAAACCCUCCUCGAAGAAGCAACGGCCGAGGACCGCGAAAACAGGCAGCUACGAAGACUCCGAAAAUCCUACCCCCGCGCACAUGGCCCCGUUUUACAAAAGAACUGGCACCGCUUCCGGUUCUGACUACCCGUCCGCAUCCGAUGCCGGACCCGGCAUCCACCAGGAAUAUGCUGAUACGUACGAAUCGUCACACGAAUCAACAUAUGCAUCUGGUUUCUCACAGGGUUCCGGCUCAAGCCAACCGUACCGCCAAGAGCCACCAGCGGAACUUGAUGCCGAAGCCGAACCGUCUAGUUCAGGGACCGUACCCCCAACAUCCGACGCGGCAGAAUACCCCGAUGCCGCGGGAGAGGAUGACACUAGGCGUUAUUCUACGGGCCAGGAAUCCGUUGCAUCAGACACAUCGGGCGAGUUACUCCAUGAUGCGUUAUUACAGGCCGAGGCCGAUCCCUAUCACACGGGCGACCUCGGCUCACCUUAUUCGGGAGGAGAGUCUUCUUCGAUGGCGGUAGCGCAGAGUCAUCAUAUGUAUCCUCCGUCCGAGGCAGACAAUGGCCGGGAAACACCGAGACCACCAUUCUCUCAACGACCAACAAUAUCAACGACGGAAACCGAAGACUACCAACACCAGAUCAACGGGACCGAGAGUAUUACUUCCGGACAAGAGCCGGGUUCACAAGACGGAUACGUUGUUGAACGUUCUUCGAGGUUCCAACCCGGCGAGGUCUUCAAAAUUUUCUGGUGCGAGCCUCUCGGCGCCGGGCCGCCAAAAAGUGAGGUGAUGACCCAUCAAGUUCGCUUCGAACAGAACGGUCGGUCCUUCUAUCAAGGGCUCCGACGUUUUAUUGUGGUGGCAAACGAUGAAGGCCAUUGUACCUGCGUGCCCAUCUUGACAUAUGAGCACCAGGCCUGCAGAAAGAGGGGCGUCAAGCCCCUGAAACAUGGAAUCAUCUACCAAUCCGGGAAGCGGCCCAAGAAGCUGGACGGAGAGCCCCAGCUGGGUUUUGAACCGGUGUGCGUUAAUCUCUACGAACGGACGGAACGUCUCGUCAAAGAGUCUCGCGUUAAUUAUGCGAAACUCACCACCAUCGAGCACAACUUCCCAGUCUUCUUCAUCGGUUCUAUUGACCCGGCGGAUUUUCAUAACGUUGUCCGUCCGGCAGUUGAUACUUGCUGGGAAAAGAAGAAACGGCAUGCCAGCAACUACUAG